GUCCCUGCUCGCCUCCGGGGCGAGCAGGACACGCACAGCGGCGGAGCAGCGCUUACAGAGCCGCGGUGCCCCUUCGGCAGAGGAGCUGGUGGCCGCAGCCUUAGGUGCUGUUGGCAGCAGCCGUCUGCACAAAGGCGGGGAAGGCCAUUGUCUCCCGGCAGUUCGUGGAGAUGACUCGGACCCGCAUUGAGGGGCUGCUGGCGGCUUUCCCAAAGCUGAUGAACACGGGGAAGCAGCACACUUUUGUGGAAACGGAGAGCGUGCGGUAUGUCUAUCAGCCGAUGGAGAAGCUCUACAUGGUGCUGAUCACCACCAAGAACAGCAACAUCCUGGAAGACCUAGAAACACUCCGACUCUUCUCUAGAGUGAUCCCUGAAUAUUGUCGAGCUCUGGAGGAGAACGAGAUCUCUGAACACUGCUUCGACCUGAUUUUUGCCUUUGAUGAAAUUGUUGCCCUGGGCUACCGUGAGAACGUAAACCUGGCACAAAUUCGGACCUUCACUGAGAUGGACUCGCAUGAAGAAAAGGUGUUCCGAGCUGUCCGAGAGACUCAGGAACGCGAAGCGAAAGCUGAGAUGCGCCGUAAAGCGAAGGAAUUGCAGCAGGCCAGGAGGGAUGCGGAGAGACAGGGCAAAAAGGCGCCGGGUUUCGGCGGCUUUGGUAGCUCAGCAGUGUCUGGAGGCACGACGGCGGCGAUGAUCACAGAGACCAUCAUUGAGACGGAGAAGCCCAAAGUGGCACCAGCACCUGCCAGGCCUUCAGGUCCCAGCAAAGCCUUGAAACUUGGCGCUAAGGGGAAGGAGGUGGACAACUUUGUGGACAAGCUGAAAUCGGAAGGAGAAAAUAUCAUGACUUCAGUAGGCAAGCGCUCUACGGAAGCAGCCAAAGUUCUUGCUCCUCCCGUUAACAUGGAGAGCGUGCACAUGAAAAUAGAGGAGAAAAUUUCCUUGACUUGUGGCCGUGACGGAGGGUUGCAGAACAUGGAGCUGCAUGGCAUGAUCAUGCUGCACAUUUCCGAUGAAAAGUUUGCACGGAUUCGCCUGCAUGUAGAAAACGAAGACAAGAGGGGAGUGCAGCUACAGACUCAUCCAAACGUGGACAAGAAGCUCUUCACUGCAGAAUCGCAGAUUGGUUUGAAGAACCCGGAGAAGUCAUUCCCUAUUAACAGUGACGUGGGUGUGCUGAAGUGGAGGUUGCAGACCACGGAAGAGUCCUUCAUUCCAUUGACAAUUAACUGCUGGCCAUCAGAAAGCGGGAACAGUUGCGAUGUUAACAUUGAAUACGAGUUGCAAGAGGAUAGCCUAGAGCUGAACGAUGUGAUCAUCACCAUCCCCUUGCCGUCUGGUGUCGGCGCCCCAGUGAUUGGGGAGAUUGAUGGUGAGUAUCGCCACGACAGCCGGAGGAAUCUCCUCGAGUGGUGCCUGCCAGUGAUAGAUGCCAAAAACAAGAGUGGCAGCCUGGAGUUCAGCAUAGCAGGGCAGCCAAACGACUUCUUCCCAGUGCAAGUCUCCUUCAUCUCCAAAAAGAACUAUUGCAACAUACAGGUUACCAAAGUGACCCAGGUAGACGGGAACAGCCCUGUAAGGUUUUCUACUGAAACCACCUUCCUGGUGGACAAAUAUGAAAUCCUGUAAUGCCAGCCAUGGGGAAUCGCAAAGGAAGAAAUUUUUAAAUUUAAAAAAAAAAAAAAAAAAAAAAGAGGCCGAAGUUUAUUCUGAAUGUUGGGAACACCGCAGCCCCCUCUCUGCUAAGACGCGUGGCUCUGCCUGCCAUCUGCAGCACUCCUGGGUCACAGACAUUUUUGGCAGAGAAUUGACAUGCUUACGGGGGGGAAAGGCUACAAAUUUCUUUGGCAGAUUUUUACCAGCCGGCAGAAAAGCAAGAUCUCGGCAGAGAACCUGGCUUUGACAUGUCCCUUUCUCCCCUGAAGACGACCAGAGCUCAGUCCCAGAGCCUACCAGACAUCGUUCUCUUCCUUUUUGAAGCGUCACAUGCUGUUCCAUUGUUGGUGCUGCCAUUUUAAUUUCUCCUUGGCCUUUAACUCUCGUUUCUGAUGAUGAAAGCAGGCAUUAAGAUAACGGGCGUGGGGGCGCCUUGCUUCUCCAGACCCCUCCAUCUGGUAGAAGCGUAGCAAGCUGGCCUCAGUUUCAAAGGCGGGGGGGGUUGUGGGAGGGACUCAGUGCUGGGGUCCUUUCGCCCUGCAUGGUUACUGCUGUCUCUCUGGCCCUGCUGCACACCUGGGCUUGCCUCUCUGGCUCAGAGAGGGCUCUGAGGUGGCACAGGCUGCGGCUCCGGAUACUCUGGCUCCUGCCGCGGGGGGAGAGCGUCCAGAGGGGACUGUCCUGCGCACAGGCUCGCUGUCUGCUGCAGCUGCUUUUGGGCCAGGCUUUGGAGGCAGUUUAAUUAGGUUAGGACCAGCUGCCUGUCCUUCCCAGUGCCCUUUUGGUGUCAUGGGAGUUUGAUGGCUUUGCCUGCCUCCAUGCAGGCAGAUGUGGAGAGUGGGUUACUCGGCCAGCCUGGGUGUCAGGAUGUCUCAAAGUAGCAUUCUUUCUCAGCGCUUGCGGAUGGAGGAGGAAGGAAAUGCGGGCUUCCCAAAACCCGGGGGGGGGGCGGGGCCAGGGCUGAUGUGAGUGCGAGCAGCACCCCAGUGUGGUGUUGGCCAUCCCAGAGCUGUUCCUCCUCCUGCUGCAUCACAAGUGUCAUUUGCCUCAUCUCACAGACCUGCGCUCCCCUCAAAACUCUUCUCACCUGCUUGACUCGGGGUCUGUCACCGAGAGCUGAACUGGCCCCUGGCAAGGUCUGCAGGGGAGCACGCCAGCUGCUGCCAGAGGGCAUGAGCACGCAGAUGGAGAGCAAAUGCCCUAAAAGCAUGUGUGCUGCGCUCCCCAGAGAGCAUAGCUGUGAGAGCGAGUGUCUCUCGCUUCCCCUGGGGUCCUCUGCCAAAGAAGUUCGUGGUCUCUCCUCUGUCGGCAGCACUCGAGAGGAAAUCAACCCUGACCCUGUCCUGGGAGGGUGGGAGAGCAAACCCUGUUCCCUAGCAAAGUAGGCGACAAAUCCCAUUAAUGGGGUCCUGUGCGAGAGUUGUUUGUCUGUAUGAUUUUAAAAUGGAGUCGAGGUUGGUUCGAGCAUCCAAGGAGCUUUUUUUCCUCUUAAAGUCUUUGGACGGUAAUACUUCCACCGCACCGAGAUCGCCCCACUUUUGUAACCCUGUACGAUACUGGCCUAGGGAAUAGAGCACAUUCCAGUGUACGCGUAUGCGGAGAAUACCAAGUCUUUAAUCAAAUAAAGAGUAUUGUCGAAGGA